AUGAAAAUAUUGAUUACAGGUGGCGCAGGAUUUAUUGGUUCGAAUCUUUGUGAAUACUUUCUUCAAAAUCAUCAAGUAAUCUGUCUAGAUAAUUUUUCUACAGGAUAUCGUCAUAAUAUUGAGUCGUUUUUACUCAAUUCAUCAUUUGAACUUAUUGAAGGCGAUAUUCGAAAUAUUGAGACGUGUCGAAAAGCCGUUCAGAAUGUUGAUUAUGUUUUUCAUCAAGCGGCGUUAGGAAGUGUACCACGCUCAAUAGAUGAUCCUAUUACCACAAAUUCAGUAAAUAUUGAUGGUUUCUUAAACAUGCUUGUUGCUGCACGCGAUGCCGGUGUAAAACGAUUUAUUUAUGCAGCUUCAUCAUCAACAUAUGGAGAUUCAAAAGAAUUACCAAAAGUUGAGGAAAAUAUUGGUAAACCAUUGUCACCUUACGCAAUUACUAAAUAUGUUAACGAGCUUUAUGCACAAAUAUUCACCAACUUAUAUGGAAUUGAAACAAUUGGAUUACGUUAUUUUAAUGUUUUUGGUAAACGACAAAAUCCAAAUGGUUCUUAUGCAGCAGUGAUUCCAUUAUUUAUCAAAUGUUUGAUCAAACAUGAACGACCAAUAAUCAAUGGUGAUGGAAGUUAUUCUCGAGAUUUUACCUACAUUGAUAAUGUUAUACAAGCUAAUGAACUUGCUAUGGUAACUUCCACUAAUAUUAUUCUUGAACGAUUAAAUACAAAUGAAAACUCACCUAAGAUUACUCAGAUAAAUAUAAUAAUCAAUGUAGCAUCUGGCGGAAAAACAACAUUAAAUGAAUUAUUUACCAGUUUACGCUCUAAUCUUUCUUGUUAUGAUCCAAUUAUUGCUGAUAUUAAACCUAUCUAUGGUAUUGAACGACUGGGAGAUAUUCCACAUUCUCAAGCUUCUAUCGAAAAAGCUAAAAAUAUUCUAUCAUACCAACCGAAAUGUAAUACUUCGCAAGGAUUGGAAUUCGUUUGCAAAUGGUAUUUUGAAAAUUUAAAAUAG